CGUCAUUUCCACCCCAUAUACCCUCCGACCGCCGGCGCAGUGUUUCUGCAGCUCGCUCGCUCUUCCACGCUGUCCCACCUUUGUUUCCGCGCGUUGCGCCCCUUGUGACCCAAACGUCUGAAACUCGCCUAGCGCCUCAUGACAUAGGCCAUUUCGCGAGGUACAUAGCCAUCACCCGCCCCAGCGCUCGAGGCCACGCCCACACGCCGCCGCCGCCUACGCUGAGCUCGCAGUGAAGCAUGAGCUCGUCCGGUCGAUAAUUGCGCGCGCGUAGAGUUCCGCCCAGACGAGCCGACGCCGGUUCCCCGUGUCACCGCGUUCCUUGAUCUGAUCCCCGCGCCCGCAGCCCUCCCUUGCGCCCGCCUUGUUCAGCGCACCGUCUCUUGGAGCAUUGCUCCUCUGCUCUACUCCAUAAACGCGCUACAUCAUGGCUUUCCGCCAGCAGCACCGCCCCCAGUCCUCGCGACAGCUUUCCUACCAUGCCUCAGACCCCCCGGCCGAAGUCGGAACGACCUCCCCGCAGCGCAAGCGGCCCCUCGAGGAGUCGCAGGAAUGGGUCCUCUUUUCUCCUGUCGCGCCUUCUACUACCGCUCGUACGCACACUACCUCGACCGAACGAACUCCGCGCACAGCUGGCCUGUCGCGCUUCAGCGACUUCGGAUCCCUCGACACCGCAGCACGCUCGGAACAAGACGAUGACGACAUAACGUGCCAAGGGACAGAAGAAGGAGAGGAAUUGGACAGUCUGGACGACGGGCUGCACGCAUUCCACGAACCUUCCGAGUAUGCUGGUCCGUCCAGCAGGUUACAGCAGAGCGGGGAUACGGUACUGCCUACUCAUGAUGGCCUCGGCACCUUCCAACCAAAUGCAACGUUGCAGGAGCAGAUGUGGCAGUUUGAGCGACAGACCCCGCGGAGACGGCAGGCCCGGCGGCGCUCCAGCGUACAGCGACGCCUCGAUGCGCUGGAAGAGGCAGAAGAGCUGAAUCAUGAGCAGGAUCGGCGGCAGAGAAUAGAGAAGUGGCGGCUGGAGCAGAGCAAAGCGUUGCUUGAAGAGAUCGAAAGAGAAACCAGGCGCCGGCGGAGAAUGAGCAUGGUGAGCGCUGCGCGAAGUCGGACGGACAGUGCGCAUCAGGACACCAAGAGCACACUAUCGCAGGCCGCUAGAUCUGUAUCUGACGGUCAAAGCGAAUCAUCGGACGACAGCACGGAAAACCUUUCCUUCUGGCAGCGGUUAACGAGGAGGGUCAUUCGCGAUUUGAUGGGUAUCGACGAGGACACGCUUUCUGUCAUCUUCGGGGAAGCGCUACCAGAAGAAGCCCUAUCGACCACACCGAAAGCGUUGGAUCCUAGACCUUCAAUGGGUACCGCUCUGCAGGACCUGGAUGACAGUACUCUCGCAGACCACGGCUGGCAGCACAGACUCCUAGAGCGCGUAGCUCGAGAGCUUGGCAUACUUGUACACCAGCUCUCUGAACACCCCGGUGCUUUCUCAACCUACCGUCUCACGCAAGAGGCUCCAGAAUACGCCGGGCUGCCGACAUCACGAUCCAGCACGACCAUCAUGACCGACUUCUCUCCCUCGGCUACCACUGCAUCAGGGCCCUCCGCACCCGCGCCCAGUUCAGCUCAAUUCGCACCUACCUUUCCCGCUCAAUACUCGUCAAAUACAUACAGCGAAGCAUCCCUCUGGGGCAUCGAAGAAGAACCCGAAGUCGACCCCUUGGACUCUUUUCGCACUCCGCCGGGCCCGGCUCUAAAUGCCUCUGACGAGCUAGCCCGCGAGCAAGAAUACUGGGAGCGCGAACUCGACGUCAAAAUGGUGUUCAAUUUUCUCGUGCAACGCUUCACUUCCCGACGUAGCAGCAUAUCUUGCACUACAAGAAGGAGUUCCAGCGCUCCUGCGUCAACAGACAACGAAGGCGCCUCGGCGAGACGAGCAGCAAUUAUCCGACAGCACCACCCUUUGGUCGGUAGGACCACGGACCGCAGCACACUUCCUACGUCACCUGCUGCAAGAGAGGGGAGACGCAGAUCGGUGUACUUCCAGCAUCAGCCGAGCCUAAGGAACCAGGUGCUUAAGAGUAGCUCGAGCUGUGCAAGUCAGAGCACGAAGAAGAGCAAGCGGAGUGCGGGGAGUGGGAGGAAUUAUUGGGAUAUGGGUGGCAGUGUGGGUAGUGGGAGUGUCAUCGCUGGAGAAGUAUAGAUUUCGGAGUGUUAUGCUGUUUUGAUAGACAGGAGGAUGUCUACUGGUUUCUCUCAAGACGGCUGCAUAGAUUGGGAUUCCUGUGUGGUUGCAUAAGAGGUGGGAGUCAGUUGUCGGAUGCUAUGGUGCAUGGAAGGAGCUAAGCUCUCACCAUUCUACGAUUGGGAAUGGAGUUUUGGAACUUUUUCCUGGUUUGGCAUACUUCUUUCGGAACUCUCACUACUUGGCAUAUUUAGAAGAUACCACAUGAUGUUCACUCAGGGGUUUGAUGAUAUGGGAUCGGGAUAGGCAAACUGCGUCAUGGGUUGUAUUAAUAGUAUCUCCCUUCAAUACACAACAUUAUGAAGACAGC